AUGGAGCCACUGCGUCUCCGCUUUUUCUCGAAGAUCAACCACAUCAAGGCGUCGUCGAAGGCAAAGUUACAUCGCGAAGGAUGGGCGCUUCCGAAGCAGACCACUUCUUUCGCACCCGAGGGCACCUGGACUAACGUUGAUCUCGACGUGACACCGCUCGAGCGACGUAUCUGGACGCCCUUGUCCUUCCUUGGCUACUGGGUUAGCGACGUGCUAAGUGCUCAAUCAUGGCAGAUCGGAGCUUCCAUACUUGCGAUCGGUUUGACCUAUCGUGAGGCGAUCUAUUGCAUCAUAAUUGGUUCAUCUGUCAUGGCAGGUGCUAUCGCUCUCAAUGGAGCACCUGGCGCCUAUCUGAGAGUCCCGUUCCCUGUCUGGAGUCGAUCCGCUUUUGGAUACCACGGUGCGAAGCUCCCAGUCAUAUGUCGUAUGAUUACAGCGCUGUUUUGGCAUUCUAUCCAGACAUACACUGGAUCUUUAGCAAUGACUGUCAUGCUUACUGCGGUCUGGCCAAGCUUCGCUCAUAUGCCCAAUCAUCUGCCAGAAAAUGCAGGCAUCACAAGCUCUGGUUUGCUGAGUCACCUGCUGUUCUGGUCACUCCAACUACCCUUCUUACUGAUCAGACCUCAUAAGCUGAAGUGGUUUUUUGUUGUCAAAGCAUUCAUCACCAUUACCGCUGCUGUCGGGACGACUAUCGCAGUCUGUGUGAUGGCGGGUGGGUCUGGGACCAUUUGGGAUCAACUGCCGCAGGUCCAGGGGUCAACUCGUGUCUGGCUUAUCAUUGCCACACUGACAGCCCAGACUGGAAGCUGGUCGACAGUCGGAACCAACAUUUCGGACUUUACUCGAUACGCAAAGAAGCCUCGUAGCAUCUACUAUCAGGCUUUGCUUUUUCCAACUAUAUGCUUUGGCAUAGCUAUGCUUGGCGUCAUCAGUGCAUCUGCAUCGAAACCGUUGUACGGCGAGUACGUCUGGGAUCCUCUGACCCUUGCAUCGAAGUGGACCUCCCCAGCUGGAAGACUCGGUGCAUUCUACUGUGGACUUGCCUGGUGCAUCGCACAAAUCGGUGUCAAUGUCUCGGCGAAUGUCAUCUCGGUCUCGAACGACUUGACUAGCUUGUUUCCAAGAUAUAUCAAUCUGCGCAGAGCUGCUUUGCUGACCACAGUUGUCGGUGGUUGGGGAAUGGUGCCUUGGAAAAUCAUCACUGGUGCUGCGAGCUUGAUUGACUUCAUGGCCAGUCUGGGUAUCUUCUUGGCCCCGAUCAUUGGUAUCUCCAUUGCAGACUAUUGGGUGGUAAAGAGGCGUCGCAUCGAGAUUGCCGCAUUGUAUCGCCCUGGAGGGAGAUAUCGCUAUCAUGCAGGUAUCAACUGGAGAGCCAUGUUGGCAAUGUUGUGCAGUGUUGGACCGACCAUGCCUAGAUUGGUGAAGAACAUAUCGCCAUCCUUGGACAUCGGCGGUGCACAAUACAUCAACGACCUGGUUUGGUACUAUGGCUUUGUGGUCUCUUUCUCAGUCUACAUCGUGGUCUCUCUGAUAUGGCCGGCGGAGGACACUUUGGUUGCCAAGUAUCUGCUAUCUGAAGAUGCGGAGCUGGAGGUUCAGGUGGUUGAGGAGUUCCCUGUCAAGAUGGAGAAGGACUAG